GGUUAUAAAUCCAGUUACUCAGGGCUUUGUGACUUCCAUGAUUCAAUGUGUUAUCCAGUUACUCAGGGCUUUGUGACUUCCAUGAUUCAAUGUGUUCACCUAACAAAUAUGUCCAUAGUAAACACUAAAAGACAUGUUCUUCUUCAACCCAUCUUUUCUUUGCAUUUCUCCCAUUACUGUAACGGUCACUUCCUCUGUUCCCUCUUAAACCCUCCAUUUUCUUUCUCUCUCUAAAACGCCUCUCCUACCAAUGGCGAUCAAUUUCGCUCUCUUUCUCCUCAUUGUCCUGAUUCUCUGCAGCGCGGCGGAGCCCCAGCAUCCCUCGAUCAAAGGCCAAGGCGGCGCGACGGAGCUCUGGUGCGUGGCCAAGAACAACGCCGACGACGCCUCUCUGCAAUCCGCACUCGACUGGGCUUGCGGUGCUGGCGGCGCCGAAUGUUCCCCAAUCCAGCCCAGUGGCGCCUGCUACGACGCCUCCAAUGUCCAGAACAUGGCCUCCUUCGCCUUCAACGAUUACUUCCUCAAACACGGCAUGACUGACGACAGUUGCUUCUUCCAAAACUCCGCCGCUAUCACUUCCUUAAACCCUAGCUAUGGAAAUUGCAGAUUCCCAUCUAGUUCGUUGAGAAAUGGGAACUUCUCAAGCCAAUCCACGUCCGUAGGGCUGGGACCAAGCGAAAACCUAAGCGGAUCGGGUCGAAGAUCGGGUCGGAUAUGGGUUUGGCCCAUAGCAAUCGGGCUGUUGUUGCGCUUGCGACAACAUUAACGUUGUAGCAAUCAACACGUUGAAAAAAUUAUCACCAAUCAAUCAGUCGACUACCCGACAUCACACCAAACAUUUUUUAUAAAGGUAUGGAAACAUUCUCUAGUAGAUACAUUUUAAAAAACGUGAGACUAACGAUGGUCGGUAAUGGAUUAAAACAGAUAAUAUUUGAUAGCAACAGGCUUGAAUGGAAUGUCACCGAUAGUUAUAUUUUAAGUGGUUGAAUUUUUUUUACUAAGAAGUAUAUAUAUUUAUCAGUCAUUUAAAUGUAAUAAAAUAUUUGAAAUAA